AACGUUCACAUCAUAUUCGUCAAAUUCAUUGAAUCCAGUGUCCUCUUUAAUUAUUACAGAUUAAAUAUACUCUCCAUAUCUGUACCUGCAUCUAACAUUCAGCAAGUGCAGGAGUACUGAACCCCAACAGCUUGUUUAAUCGUGUGCUUGAUCGUCGGACAUGGCUGACAAGGGGACUGCAGGGAACCCCAUUCGGUGCAGAGCUGCGGUUGCUCGUGAACCGGGCAAGCCUCUGGUGAUAGAGGAGAUAAUUGUGGCUCCGCCAAGUCCUCAUGAAGUCAGGAUUAAGAUCAUAUGCACUUCUCUCUGUCACUCUGAUCUCCACAUUUGGCAAAUGCCCGUACUUCCUCAUACGUUUCCAAGAAUUUUGGGUCAUGAGGCAGUCGGGAUUGUGGAGAGUGUAGGAGAGUUUGUGGAGGAAGUGACUGAUGGGGACAUGGUUAUACCAACGUUCUUGUCCGAAUGUAAAGAAUGUGCAGAUUGCAAAUCAGAAGAGAGCAACCUAUGUUCAAAACUCCCUUUCAAGAUCUCUCCCUGGAUGCCUAGAUAUGACACCAGCAGAUUCAUUGACAUCAACGGUGAAGUUUUGUACCAUAUGGCACAUGUAUCAAGUUUCAGUGAGUAUACUGUAGUUGAUGUUGCCAAUAUUUGUAAGAUUGAUCCUACAGUCCCUCCGAACCGGGCUUGCCUCCUCAGUUGUGGAGUGUCAACAGGAUUUGGAGCUGCUUGGAAAACUGCAAAUGUGAAGGCAGGAUCGACUGUCGCGAUAUUCGGGUUGGGGUCAAUUGGAUUAGCAGUUGCAGAGGGAGCAAGACUAUGCGGUGCUGCCAGAAUCAUAGGAGUAGAUAUAAACCCUAAAAAAUUUGAAGUUGGAAAAGUCUUUGGAUUGACUGAUUUUAUCAGUGCUGAAAAAUCCGAGAACAGUAAACCAGUAAGCCAGGUGAUCAAGGAGAUGACUAAUGGAGGUGCAGACUAUUGCUUUGAAUGUGUUGGUUUGUCAUCGUUGGUGCGUGAAGCUUAUGCAUCCUGCCGAAAGGGUUGGGGGAAGAUAGUUGUAGUAGGUAUGGACAAGCCAGGGGCAGAGAUAACCCUGGACUCUCUUGAUUUUAUUCUAGAGAAAAAGAGUCUCGUUGGGUGCAUGUAUGGAGGUCUAAAAAUUAAAACUGAUAUACCCAUUCUUGUAAAGCGUUACAUGGACAAGGAACUGAAUCUGGAUGAUUUUGUAACUCACGAGAUCAAAUUGGAAGACAUUAACAAAGCAUUUGAUCUACUCAUAGAAGGGACGUGUCUCAGAUGUGUGAUUUGGAUGGACAAAUGAGUUUCUUCUUCACUUGUUAUGUAUGUAUUCUGUUUGGCUGCACUACUACAGACAACUCUAUACCUCGUGUUGUAGCAUGUGCAGUUCUUGUAAAGGACAUUCGGUUUGUGCCAAUAAUGGCCGUCUGGGCCUGUACGUAAUUGUUGGAAUCAUUGACUUGCAUGUCCGUAUACAACAAUACUCGGUUGCUCUGUUUCUAACA